AUGAAAAUAUUAAAAAACACAUUACACGUUACCAACGAGGGCGACGGCAGCUCGGACAGUCGGUCCGACAGCAGUGAGGACGAAGUUACAGAGCACGUGACGGCCACUCCACCACCCAAUAUGGCCGCUGCGAGGGCACAGGUACCCACUAUAAGUGUGACACCGCACAGCCCCGGCGUGUUAGAUGACAGUCUUCAGCAGCUGCGGAGGCUGCAUGCGGCUGUUCAGCGUAUGAGGGCUGCCCCACUGCCCUUGCUGGCAAUAGGGACAAGUCGUUUAAGUACAUCGUGUCCCUCGUUGUGUAAAGAUGGGGUGGUGGAGACUGAAUGCUCAUCGCCAACCCAUUUGGACUUUUAUCCGCAAAGUAGGAAGGGUAGCGGUGAGUCCCGUCAAUGGAUGUCGUGGGAGAGGCGGGAUGAAGGCAGACGAAGCUCAUGGGCGGCACUGGAACCCGCGCCCCCUCAACAAGACACGCAGAGACAUAGAGGUGCGUUAAACGGUCACAGUGCCUCCUUAUCAUCAAUGGAAUCUGAAGGUGACGCACCACGACCUGUGAGACAUUCCACGCACUCACUCAAUGACAAUGAUCUCGCUAAGGAAUUCGAAAAAGUAACGGCAGCACUCCGAGGCGCUAGUAGCGCGGUCCCGAGUAGUGGAAGCUCGAGGCUACUUGCGCGACUGCCGUUGCAGAAGAGCGUAUCAACGCCCAGCAUCGUUGCAGCGGUGCAACCGCCGCAGCCGCCGCCACCAGCUAAUAUCCUAUCAGCCGGUGGUGCGAGCGAGACAGAAAGCGACGAAGACGCUUCAGCUGCCACAGUAGGCGCGACACAACUAACUGGUCGGAGGAAUAAUUCGCAUCAGGAGCAUUUGGGGUUACAUCGGCUGGCGUUUUUAGAACAAGCGUCCUAUGAUCAUCACGCUGAAAAGCGACGGAAACGAGGCAGCUUAUUCUUUAGAAAGAAAAAGGACAAGUCUCGCAAAGCGGCGCAUGUGUGGCAAGCGGCGGUGGCAGGUGGACACUGUGAUUGGUGCCAGCGGGAGUUGUCUGACAAACCGGCACUUUACUGUGAAAAUUGUACCAUGACUGUGCAUCAAAAUGUAUGCAAGGACUACAUUGUUGAGUGCAAUAAACCAAAAACAUCAAAGACAACAGUCGGAAAAUCCCUAAGUGCCAGCAGUGGCAAGAGCAGCAAACGAAGUUCUGUUUCCGGACAAUCCCAGAAUUCGAAUAGCAAGAAAUCGAGCGGCUGCUACUCGCCGUGGCGGCGGGUCGCGACAAAACUCGGCGUGCACACGAGUAUAUACAAUGAUGAGAAGGACGGCUCUGAUCAUAAACACGAUCAAAGCAAUGCGUCAGAUGAUGGCGUGACGGAAUGGCCUGAAGUAUACAUAACUUCAGACCAACUUGGUGAAGAGGCGAUUGUACUGGGGCUUGGUGCUACGGAGCCCGAGACCUGGGCAGCUGGUGCGCCGAAGGGCCUGGCUAAGAGUAUCGGUGAAAGAGAAACUAAACGUCAAGAACACAUCUACGAGUUGAUUUUGACGGAGAAGCAUCACUGUCUCACAAUACGACUUAUGCAAAAGAUGUUCGUAGAAGGAAUGACGCGCAUCACAGGCAUAACGGACGCCCAAGUGAGCCGAAUGUUCCCACGCCUUGACGAGCUAUGGUACAUACAUGCAGCGCUCUUGUCCCGUCUUAGAGCAAGACAGCGGACAGCCCCGCGGAUCAACACUAUAGCGGAUAUAUUGGCCGACGCGUUCGCCUCACCUGAUCAUCAUACAUUGAAAGCGGCUUAUGGCGAAUUUUGUUCGCGACAUCGUGACGCUGUGGAAGUGUUUAAAGAAUGCUGCGCCCGUGAGGCAAAACUCGCAAGGUUCAUUAGAAAGUGCCAACAAAACCCUUUACUUCGGAAGAAGGGUGUACCAGAAUGUGUGUUGUUCGUAGCUCAAAGAUUGACGAAGUACCCUCUGCUGUUAGAGCCCUUAUUGAAGACGGCUGGAGAUGAUCUCACUGAACGAGAGUUAUUACAGAAGGCACUAUGUGGUGUUAAGGAAAUAUUAGUCGACGUAGACAAUCAAGUGGCUGCCAAAGAACGUGAGGAUAGAAAACUCGAGAUUUAUCAUAGGAUUGACGCUAAAUCUUUUGCGAACUUCCGUGGAAGAAAGUUCAAGAAGAGUGAUAUUCUACAAGGGAAUAGGAGUCUUAAAUUUGAAGGUGUUGCUACAUUAAUGCAAGGCAGAAGCAAAAUGCAGACUUUAAUGGUGAUUGUUCUGACAGAUGUGUUGUUUUUUCUUCAAGACAAUAAUAAUAAAUAUACGUUCUUUACGCCUGAUAAUAAAACGGGCGUAGUAUCUCUAUGCAAAGUAUUAGUACGGGAAAAGGCGGGUGCAGAUGGGCGUGGCCUUUACAUAAUUUGCAGUGGGCCAUCCGACCCUGAAAUGUUCGAGUUGAGAGUCCACAGGCCGAAGGAUAUCGCUAACUGGAUACAUGCUAUUAGGGCGGCUGUGCAAAGCUGCCCUGAAGAAGUAGAAGAGAGUGAGACAGGCCCUCAUGUGCCCUCUGCAGAGGAGAAGCAACGCCUGCUAGAAGCUAGACACGAGAAUAUAAGACUGAUUACUGAGGCACUUCGAACGAAGGAUAAAGAACACGCGGUACUUUUGGAAGAAAAAAUGGCUUUACAUAUGAAAAUGUUUGGGCAUACAGGUGCCUCGACAUUGGAAUUACCAAAUACUGGUGUAACUACAGUAUUUCCGGGUGGGUUGGUCUUUCCCGACUACGUAAGAGUGGCCGCACCCACGCCUGAUACUCAUGCGCUGUGGCAAGAAGUCUGCAAAGUUGUUAAGGAUGCACUCGAAGUAUGCAACGCGUACAGUACUAGUCACAAUACAGGGGGAGUUGCGGUGGGCCGGAGCACGAGUUCCGCGGGAGAAAAGCACUCACUGGCUUACGAGAGCCCUGCGUUACCUCGACGAGCUGAUACUUUCGCUGGUUUCGAUGCUAAUAAACAUCGAACUCAAGGCGUAACUCCCCGCAUGUCAACAGACACGCCGACGGAGACGGAGAACGCGGAAAGUCGGGAAGCGGAGGUUAGCGGACGGGAGGCGGCUCUGAAGCUCCAACACGCGAUAUACACGCUCACUUGUAUCGUGUGGCAGCAACUCACCACUAUACAUAGUUUGGAGGCUCAAGUGUGCGCGUGGCGUUCUUCCGGCGGCAAUGCGGCCCGAACGCACGAUGCGCAAUUAGAGGAGCUACGACACGCGCAGUCGCGAUUGACGGCCGAUAGAGCCGCUUGGGAAGCGCAACGUACUGCCGAUAGGGAUGCGCUUGCGACUGAAAAACGGCAGCUGCAAGCGAUGCGAGAGCAGCUAGAGGAGCAACAAAAGGACGUGGAGCAACAACGGGAGAGGCUUUAUAGGAGGCUCGAGAGGCUGCAACAACAUGGUGGAUCGCAAGAAGAAAUAGCAAGUGUGGGUACCCUUUCGCCCGACUCGAGCGUCAGUGAUACUCACCGACGGAAGGAACCAAAGUGGCGUAACAACCGCGGUUCGACGGGUUCCGAAUCUGGUGCCAGUGUUUGCAGCAAUCGGGGACCACCACUGCCGCCGCCGCAACUACUGUCCGCUCAGAAUGAGACCAGAGCUAUCGUCAGGGCACCCGUGCAGCAAAUGGUGAAGCAGCAGUUACCGCUGAAGUUAGCGAGUGGCAAAUCUCAACAGCCACCGCCGGGUUACCACAGACUGCAUGAAUCGCCCAGCGAUCACCACCAAGGCGUAGUUAUUCAUCACACGCGCACUGGCAGCUCUCCUGCGCAGAUGCCAUCGCAGCAGCCAGUUACUAAUAAAGCCACCAGAACAAACACAUACCCGAAAUUACCAGACAAAUUUCGCGUACGAUCUCCCGAAUCAAACCCGCUACCACCUCCACCAGCGCCUAACCCACCCGAAGAAGAAGUGAUAUAUUUCUGA